AUGUCCGUCGGGGCGAGCGUGAAGAAACUGGAACAGAACGCGUACGCCGCGAUCUUAAAGGCGAUGGCGGUGACGGGCCUGACGUGGGAGCGCGAAGAGUUCCUCGGUCGAUUGAGGCUCGAGCUGAACGUGAGCUCGGAGGAUCACAUGCGGCUGCGCGAGCAGAUGGACUCGGACGAGAACGUGUCGAGGUUAAGGCACGGGUACGCCGAGCACAGGGACACGCAGGAGGCAAAGCGACAGCGUGUGGACGCGGCGGCCGCGUACGGGUCGGUCGCAUCGAGGGCAGCGCCGAGGCGUAAGCCGCAGCACUCGAGCGUGCGAGCACCAAAGAUGACUCCGGCGCAGUUGGUGGCGAUCGGGGUGAACGAGUACAUCUGCAAGAAGUGCAAGAGGUUCUGGCCGAGCGAAGGGGGCUGGUUCGAUUGCGUCAUCACGGAUUACAACCCGGAGACGAAGCAGCACUGUCUGACGUACGACAUCAACACCCCUAACGAGUCUUACGAGUGGGCGGACAUUUCUACGUUCACGAAGACAGAGUUUAAGAUUGAAGAGGGGAGGGUGGACAUCAACGAACUUCAGGCGUUCACGCAGGGACCAGCGCCGUCGCCUGGUGCGCCCGUGGAUAACUUCGUCGCGGCGGCGUCCAAGGCGAAGGAUCCGCAAAAGUUUGAGGCCGUGAAGAGCACGCUGACGGCGGAGGAAGAGGCUCUCCGCCAGCAGCUCGCGGCUUUGGAAGACAGCGACGACGAAGACUGA